AGAUCAGAUUGCAAGUUUAUCUGACGAAAAACAAGAAAUGGAGAGUCAAAACUUGGAAGAAGGGCCGCAGCUUAGGAGAUCUUUGCUUGAUGGUGAUCAUCCGAGGCGUAACCUUAAUGUUGGUGGCAGUGAGGACAGUGAUGUGCAACCAAGGCCAAGCCAUUCCAAGGCAACAGUAACCGUCGUCAUCAGCACGGUGGUUGCUGUCUGUGGAUCUUACUGUUAUGGCUCUGCUGUUGGCUACUCAGCACCUGUUGAGUCUGAAAUCAUGGAAGACCUCGGCCUCUCUGUGGCAGCUUACUCACUCUUUGGUUCCAUAAUGACAAUUGGGGGAAUGUUGGGUGCAGUGUUUAGUGGGAAGAUAGCAGAUCUUAUAGGUCGCCUACGCACAAUGUGGCUCUCUGAAUUGUUCUGUACUGCUGGAUGGCUCGCAAUUGCAUUUGCAAAGGAUGUUUGGUGGCUUGAUAUUGGAAGGCUGUUGCUGGGAUUUGGAAUUGGGAUUAUUACAUAUGUGGUACCUGUGUAUAUAGCAGAAAUAACACCUAAAGAUCUCCGAGGUGGAUUUGCAUUUGCCAAUCAGUUAAUGAACACUAUUGGAUUCGCAAUUGUUUAUUUUGUUGGAACCAUGAUUUCUUGGCGAGCUUUGGCUUUAAUAAGUGCUAUUCCGUGUAUAGUACAGAUCAUAGGUCUAUUUUUCACUCCAGAAUCACCAAGAUGGCUGGCAAAAGUUGGUAUGGAUAAAGAGUUUGAAGCUGCUCUGCAACGUCUUAGGGGGAAGGACACAGAUAUUUCUGAAGAAGCAUCAGAUAUAAAAGAUUAUCUCGAAAUUUCUCAGGAGGAACCCCAAGCUAGAUUUCUGGACCUGUUUGAAAGGAGAUAUGCAAAUUCACUCUUUGUUGGGGUUGGACUAAUGAUGUUGCAACAGUUCCAAGGCACAAGUGCAUUGGCAUAUUACAGUGGCACUAUAUAUGAAGAUGCUGGAUUGUCAAGUAGCUUUGGAAUGAGGAUUUCAGCUGCUAUACAGAUCCCGGUGGCUGUAAUGGGUUUGUUGUUAAUGGAUAAAUCUGGUAGACGUCCACUUCUACUGGUUUCUGCUACUGGAAUGUUCCUGUGUUUUAUCCUUCUAGGAUUGUCAUUCUCCUUUAAGGGACUACCUCAUCUGAAGGAGUUCACUCCUAUUUUAGCACUCAUCGCCAUAUUGGGGUUAAGUGCAGCUAACACAAUAGGCAUGGCAGGAAUACCAUGGAUUAUAAUGUCUGAGAUAUUUCCUUUAAAUGUCAAGGCAUCGGCGGGAAGCUUGGUGACCUUUGUCAAUUGGUCAUGUUCUUGGAUUAUUACAUACGCAUUCAACUUUAUGCUGGAAUGGAGUACAGCCGGGACAAUCUACAUCUUCUCAGGAGUGUCUGCGGUAACUGUACUAUUCAUAGCCAAAUUUGUCCCAGAGACAAAGGGAAGAACACUGGAGGAAAUACAAGCAUCCAUGACUGGAUUUCUUUGACUAGAUUAAACACACUUGGCUUGCAUAUAAUAAGUCAUAAAGUUCACGCUUUGCACUGUUUAUACUUUGGCUAAUCAUCAGAAUGUUAAGAAUGGAUCAAAGGGCUACAAAAUUUAUGGUUGUAAGACUAUUUUUAAUUAGGUGGAUUAAGCAUAGAGUCAUCAGUUAUCUGUGACUAAUUUUAAUUAGCACCAACUAAAGUUAUUUGUAGCAGUUGGUUGUGAUAUUUAUAUAUCAAUUAAUUUACCAUUAUGUG